AUGUCCGCCGACCCGUCGCUGGAGAGCGACAGCUGCAGCGAGAGGCGCUUCUUCGAGGAGCGCGAGCAGGUGCGCGGGCUGCUGCAGAAGCUGACGCAGACGCGGCUACCGACGCCCGAGAGCGACGUGGACCGCGACUUCCUGGCCGCGCACAGCUCCGUCACCAGCACGCUGGACAAGUACCUGGAGCAGUCGCACCUGCUGGACCCCUUUCUGCACGAGAUGCUGGACCCCAUCGUCAGGGAGAUCAAGCGGGUCAUGGCCGAGAGGGCCCAAGCUCAAGCUCAAGAUCAAGCCGAGGGCGUGGCCUUCCCGUGCCAGGUGUACCGCAACCCGCGGCUGCACAAGCUCUUCCAGCUCGUGUACCACCUGUGCAAGGUGCGCGGCUACAAGACGGUGGUCAAGCUGCUGCCCCACGAGGUGAGCGACUUCGAGCCGACGCUGCAGCUGCUGCAGUCGCAGGACCGCGCCGACCACUCGGCGUGGGAGACGCGCUACGUGCUGCUGCUCUGGCUCUCGAUGCUAUGCCUCGUGCCCUUCGACCUCAACACCAUCGACUCGGCCGCCGAGAGCUCGAACGGGGCCAUCUCCAUCGUGUCCAACAUCGUCACGCUCUGCAAGGACUAUCUGAGCGACCCGGGGGCGACGCAGGUCGCAGCGGCCGUGUGUCUGUCGCGACUGCUGAGUCGACCGGACAUGGAGCAGCACUACCUGACGCAGUUCCUGAGCUGGGCCAACAGAGAGCUCAUGACUGUGUCGGAGGGCAAGGACAUGCGCGUGCUACAGUUCAAGGUGACGGGCAUCAUGUUGUGUCUGGCGCAUAUCGCCAAGAACUCACCCCGCGAGCAGCACAUCGAGGCCAGCCGCAUUUAUUUCGCCUCCGUGAUGAAGCUCGUCGCCCACCUCACUGAGGACGAUGCGCGGUCGGACCGACCAAGCAGCAGCACGUUGCACCGGAAGCUCAGCGUGAAGCUUGUGCAGCGUUUGGGGCUGCUGUAUUUGCUGCCCAAGGUUCGGUCGUGGCGGUACAGUCGAGGCCUGCGCUCGCUGGAACUGAACAUGCAGUCGUUGGGGCUGACCGCUGGCAGCACCGUCACUUCGAUGCCAAGCCAUGCGCAAGUGGUGCGGUGGUCCGCUGCGAAGGGAAUCGGGCGAAUCACGGGGCGUCUACCGUAUGAGUUUGCCGACGAUAUCGUUCAGUCUGUGCUCGAGCUUUUCGUGGCGACGGAGGGCGAUGGAGCUUGGCAUGGAGCAAGUCUAGCGCUAGCAGAACUUGCACGCCGUGGUGUGUUAUUGCCGCAGAGACUCCCCGAUGCCGUGGAGUGCGUCGCUAAUGCUUUGAAGUACGACAUUCGCAAGGGUACAUACAGCAUCGGCUCUCACCCUCGCUGCCUCGGCACUAGGAAAGAUCGGAGCGCUGGACCCGCCACACGCCAUGACUCGCAUUUUUCCUAG